UGUAAAACUUCCCUUUGCCUUUUCAUCAAACCAAUUGCCCAUUGAGAUGCUUCGACCCGUCUCUCGCACAAACCUCCAACUUUCAACACCAACACCUGUUGAAAAGCUCAUAACCAAAUAAAAUACAGAGAAAAGUAAAAUAAAUAAGAAACAUAUAUACAUAGAGAAAUUAUGGAAGCAAAACCAGUCAUCAAAGUUGCAGCAGUCUGUGGCUCACUGCGCAAGGCUUCAUUCAACAGAGGACUCAUCCUCUCUGCUAUUGAGAUAUGCAACGAGUCAAUAAGGGGAAUGGAGGUUGAGUUCGUCGACAUCUCGGGGCUUCCGUUUAUCAAUCCUGAUCUUGAGAACGGCUCAGAGUUUCCGGAGGCUGUGGAGGAGUUCCGGCGAAAGAUUCUUGAAGCUGAUUGUUUUCUGUUUGCUUCUCCCGAGUACAACUACUCCAUUCCAGCUCCGUUGAAGAAUGCACUGGACUGGGGCUCAAGACCACCAAACGUGUGGGCAGACAAGGCUGCAGCCAUUGUUAGUGCUGCGGGAGGCUCGGGGGGAUCAAGAGUCCAAUUUCAUCUGCGCCAAGUUGGGGUUUUCUUGAAUAUUCACUUCAUCAACAAGCCAGAGUUAUACAUUUUUGCACACAAGCCCCCAAAGAAGUUUGAUAGUGAUGGGAAUUUGAUUCAUGAUGAAACUAGAGAGUAUUUGAAGAAAAUCCUUGAGUCUCUCCAUUCUUUUGCUGGGAGACUAGGCCCAUGAUCUUGAUUAUCAAUUGUAAUAAAGUUUUUGCUUCGAUGUACAUUGCAUUGUUUUGUGAGUUAUUGUGAUUUUCUUAUGUCAA